GAUGAUAAUCGUUAUCGAUAGCCAUUAGCCGGUUCGUUCGUUUCUCUCAUGUUCUAGACCCUUUUUAAAGUUUGUUUUUCUAUAAUACAUUGAAAUUCAGCCGCUCAGGCUUAUUUAAAAUGGCUGGUCACUAUUAUUCUUUCCGUUCUACUCCGGAUGCUAUUCCAAAAGGUGCUGUAGUUAUUUCUCAAGGAGACGCCAUUGUACUACAGAGGAAGUUUCUGGAUGAAUGGAAAGACAGAUUUCAAGUAUUCCCGCUGAACCAUUCGCAAUUAUUCACCUGUGGCAUGGCGGGUGUGUCCUCAUUUAUGAUCAGCAACCAUUUUCGGCGCCAUUUGAAGCUGAGGAGUUUUGGCCGUUUGGCCAUCCAAAUACCCACCGUUUUUCUGCCCAGCGUUAUGAGCGGAUACUUCCACCGAGAGUUCGUGACUAACAGAAUCCUAUUACAAAAUGAAUGUGGAGUUUGUGUACAAGUGACAAGUAUCUGCAUUCAGAUGUUCUUUGGAUUCAUAGCUCCGUCCGUUCUGUCUCCUUUGGCUUGUUUUACGUAUGCCGACCGCUACAGGACAUAUCCGUUGCCUGCCACUAUCAGAGGAAACUGGAAAGAAGUUUUCGAAAUCUACAUGAAAAUAGCGAGAAAAUCGUCGCAAAAAACCGGCGCUUUGGCCUUGGCCAAUUUUCUUCUGGGACUUUCGUUGUGCUAUUGGCAACAGAAUAAUUUUCUAGAAAUUCAUAGAAUUGUAGCGGAAGAGUACAAAGGCAUAGAAGUCGCGAUGGAAAAGUUUGUCGACCAAACCAAGCCUUUAACACGAAUUAGCAGGUUUUUCUAGAAUUAUAGUGCUUGUACCGUAAUUCCUAUAGGGUGGAUAGAUACCGAAAACAGUAUAAUGUUUCGGUAAUCAUUUGACAAAAUUCAAAUUAGUUAUGCUAUCAAACUACCCUUAAGACCUCUGCGCAUUACGAAUAAUUGACUACUGGGAGAACAGCUUGAAGGAAAUUUAAUGGUCGCUACUUUUCAAAAAAAUAUUUGCCCGAGCGGGGAUCGAACCCGGCACCUCCGAGACAACCAUACUUCCGUUGUGAGAUUCACUUCAAACUGUGAAAAUUCCAAUGUGAAGCAAUGAAAAUGAAAUUUAUUUUCUAAAAAACAUUACAAAGAAAAAAAAACAAUAAGGUAACUUACUUUAUUGCAUUAGCAUAUUACAAGUUGAUGUCAAAUGUAUGUAUAUGAUGUUACUCAUAAAGAUGCUGACGGUUUGCAUUGAAUCUAACUAUAGCUUUUCUCCCUGUUGUCAAUAUUUGAAAUUAAAUAAAAUGAAAACAUUUUUUAUUUGGCGUAGUUAGGACGUUUUUGUCCUCUCUAUCACUCAAACUUGAAAUAUUUAUAUUUCAAUCGUAGAAGACUUCUAUCUGCAGUCGCAGAAGGCUUCAGGUUAGUUGAUAGUAUAUUAACUUAGAUAUUUUCGUUUGAUACUCUUAUUGUCACGUAUUCAUUAGCAUUUCAUCAAAUGUAAUUAUUGUAUUCAAUACCAGAAAAUGAUCAUUGCUGAAAAAUAUUUUUAAGGUUUCAGGUGAAUAUCUAAAACACUGUAAUAGGUAUCAAAAUAGUACUCCAAUAUUUAUAAUUUAUUUUAUUGAAUUGUAGAUGAAGAAAUCAAGUUAUUGGUUUGAAGUGAGUCAAUAUGAUUGAUCAACCCGCCUGAAUUUUGAUAAUGUAGACCAAAUGAAGUAAGCUAUCCACCUCUUACAUAUCAUGACAACAAUGAAGCCUACAAAUAUGUAUAUUCAACAUGCAUUUCUAUAAAUUUCUAAAACAUUGCCCAAAAGCAACGAGGAUACAUGAAUAGAAUAGAUAAUAGAUGAUCAAUUACAUUUUUAAACUUACUAAACUUAAAUUACUCCCAAGUACGCAAGUAGUGUGUUUGAAAAAUGUGUAACAUGACAUGAUGUGUCUGUCUAUGAAAUCUAGUUGUUCAAUGAUUCUUUGUUCAUUAUAAUAAUUCUAAGGCCCGGUUGCACAAAAGCCUGUUAAAUUUGUAGCUGUAAUUGAAUUCUUCGAGAACCAAUCAGAGAAGCGUUCUUCUCAAAAAAACUUUCUAUGAUUGGUUCUCGUCGUAUUUCUCUCUCCAAUGUGUAGUGUGUGUGUAUUGUGGACAUUUUUCAUGUAUCAGUGCUUUUGAAAUUUCAUGAAACGCUCUCACUGUAAAAAUAGUCGCUAGCUACCGGUAUCGAAGUGAAUUGUACAUAAACACUUAGUAAACAAUUUAAUGUUGUUAGUAAACUGUCGAUUGUUAUUUAUUUUUAAGCAAUAAACAUUUAAUGCUCUUUU